GCGCACUUCCGGCCCUGACGGAAGUUGUUGCUCAGUCGUUUCCGAGGCGUUGUGAGGUAGAGGAGCUUUCCAAAUGGAUCGCAGCCGAAGCCACAGCCGCAGCCGCAGCCGCAGUCGCAGCGGCAGCCGCUCCCGCUCCCGCUCCCCUCAGGGGGGUGAGUCUGGAAGCAAUUUGGAGGGUCUGGGGCUCGAACAUAAGCGGUCCCCGUCCACUUCACCGGAGAAAGAACCCAGUCGCCAGGAAAGGUCUCAGUCCAGGGAGAAAGAGCUGAGAAGGAGCCGCUCUGGGUCCCCCCACGGAAGACGCUCCAGAUCCCCAAGACGACAUAGAUCCACAUCUCCUUCUCCUUCUCGACUGAAAGAAAGAAGAGAUGAGGAAAAGAAAGAAAGAAAGAGCAAAGAAGGUCAGAUAACUGAGGAAGAUUUAGAGGGCAAAACAGAAGAAGAAAUAGAAAUGAUGAAGGUAAUGGGAUUUUCCGCCUUUGACUCAACAAAAGGAAAAAGGUUGGUUGGCUGUGUAAAUGCCUAUGCCGUAAAUAUAUCUCAGAAAUACAGAGAGAGAGAAGAGGAGAAGAGAAGAGAGAGAGAGAGAGAAGCACGAGAGAGAAAUGAUAGGCGGUAUCGUUCACGCACCCCGACCAGGGACCGAUACCGCGGCUCAAGCAUGCGCUACGACCGGGACUCAUACCGGAGACACCACAGUUCACGGGACUACUCUCAUUCAGCUGAGCCACACCGGCCGAGGCUAAAAUUAUAGAUUUAAAAUAGAUCUCUCCUGAAUUACUCACCUAGAUUGAUUAUGUAAGGAUUUUAACUGUAAAUACAUUCUUCUGUUAAGUGGAAACAUUUUAUUAAUACCACAGGACAAACCAAUUCAUACUUAAAAUCUUACUGAAUUCCUAAUGAAUUAGAAAGUCAGGAAGACAUCUUCAAACAUUGCCUUUCUCUCUACCUUUAUUACUGAUAAAAGACUAACAUUCCAAUUAAUUUAGAAUAUGAAUAAUGUGAUUUGAUAAUGCUGGUGAGUUAAGGAACCAGAAUCAUCAUUGACAUUCCUUUGUAAAGUUACCUUCAAAUAAAGUGUUAUGGAGAAAACCAGUAUGCAAUCCGAUUUACUUGGCAAGUACCUGUUUUGAGCUCUUCUCUAUUUCCUUAAAUUAAGUGUUUAGUGCUACCUAAAAUAAAUAUAUAUUUUGAAUUGA